AGUUUUUUCUCCCGUCAAUUUCUUGUCUGUUUAUUCCACCUUGUUGACUGCUGUUCGCAAAGUUUCCCAUGGAAGCAAUCAUGGAGAGAAAGAAGGGAAACGGUAAAAACAAACAAACUGCGUAUUCUUCUAAAGAGAAAUACUCGUCUGCAGCAGAAAGAACGUUUAAUUCAGAAACCGAAAUUCCUUCGAAGACUUCUACUGUUACAGACGGAAUAUCAGACUCAAAACUUACUGAUAAUAAUCGAUACUCUUCUUCUGAACAUAGGGCCAAACCUAGACUUCACUGCGGGUGCAGUGGGCAAAAUAUUGUUAUCAGUGAAACAAAAAUGCAUGGAGCAAUAUCCAAACCCUCAUGUCCUAAAUACUAUCCGCAUUUUACACAAGUUUCAGAGAUGAAUGCUUCAAAAUAUCCAACAUGCCAAACGAAUAAUACUGUAACUAAGCUUACAAACAAUUUUAACAUGCAUGAAAAAGCAAAACGUUUCCAUGAAGCUUUCAAAGAAUGGGAAAACGAACGUCAGUGCACAAUACAGAAGCUUAAAAAAUUAGUAAGUGAAGUGCACACUGAUCAACUUAAUUUAAAUACGACUAAAUGUAUUUUUAAAGAAAUAAAUUACCAUUCAAGGCAUGCAAGAGAAGUUCAGGUUUCUAAAGCUGUGGAUUUUCUGGCUUCUUUAACUACCAUUGUAAGUGAUGUACUUGAUGGUUUUACUUCUGUAGCCCAAGCUGCUAUUGUUGAUGAUCAACAAACUAAAUUUCAAGAAAUUAUGGAGCACGAUGCUGAAAUUUCAAGACUUUUUAUGAAGCAAGAGCACGUUGCAUUAAAGAAUAUGAGGGUAUUAUGGAAAUUAUACGUAAUGUUCGUCCAAAUACAUAUAGUAAUACAAUACAAAAAGUAUGAAAUAUUUUGGAUUUGGAUCAGUUUGUAAUGGAUACAAAACAAGCAGGAGGCAGCAUAGCUCCUAUUUCCGGAGCUGUUGAUAAUUUUAUUCAGAGGAAUGCAAAACGCGAAAUUGUAGGACAAGUAUAUGACUCUUUUCAGAGUUUCACUGAAGAUAAUCCUGCAACCGUAGACGUAUGCAAGUCAGCUGGUAAAGUAGUAAUUGAUAUUGUAGAUAUAUUAAAAAGAGAUAAUCAGAAUCAUGUAACUAAGCAGAUCAGUAAUAUUGUUAAUAGAAGACUUCGGACAAAAUGCAGAGAAGAAAUAGAGGAACUUAAACGAUUAACUGAAGAUGACAGAACACCCCAAAUAAGGUUGGAAACUGAAAUUCAUAAUAUCAUUAGAGAACUUGAGUCAGAAUUAGCAGAACUUAAAUUAAUGUCUUCUAACGUUUUAAAGAGCUCUUUAAAUGAUACCUUUACAAACUCUAAAUACUAUGAGUAAGACUAAUAAUGACCAUUGAAUAAGGAUUAAAAUACAUUGAUUACUGAAAUGCUUACAUAAAUACUUACGAUAUGACUGAACCUGAAAUCUAAAGAUUAAAUAUCUCUUCAGAUAAUAUUAUUUAUUGCUUAUACCGAAUUUUGGUAAAUACUUGCUGUUAAAAAUCUUAAUAUUACAAAAAAUUAUAUUUAUAUGUGUGUGGGUGUGCGGAGUGUUGGGUAUGAUAUUUAAAAUAUAUUUCCGCUCUCUUUUAAUAAUAUUACAUUUGCAUCCGUAAUUACGAUAAGUUUAUUAUAUUUUUCCUUAAUUUAUGAUUGUGCAUGCACUAUUUUAAUUGUUGAGUAAUGAUAUUUAUGGGAUUCUAUAAAUAAAUAUGUUUUGAACAUGUGA